AUGUUUGGAGAGGUGUAUUACAAUCUUGUAGUUCUCCGGGGCCUCUAUCUAGAGACGCAUACUCUAUUAGAUUCUUGGCUUUGUUCUAUUUUGGAGGCUUUUCAAACGCCGUCCAAGCUCACUGAACUCCUGAAGCGGAGCACCAAACAGACGUCAAUGAAUUCAGACCAGACGUUUAUGGUUGUCAAUUCGACCGAUUUCCAGAUUCCUACUGGUAUCUACUCGAACAUGUUUGGACCUGACGGAGACCCCACGGUUGCAAUUCUAUUUGAAAGAAUCAUGCAAAACUGGACUAUCAUCGGCCGAUUACACCUUGUCAGAGUGCCAACCUUGGUGAUCAACGGUAAAAAGGACAUCUCGCAAGACUUCGUUGUUCAGCCAUCUUUUGACAGAAUCCAGAAGGUUAAACGGGUCACUUUGGAGAAUUCGAGCCAUUCUCCGUUUAUAGAGGAGACAGAACGGCCCGUGUACAUGAAACUCAUUUCAAUUUAA